CUCCCAUUCACAAAAGUUAAGAUUAGAAAAUCAAAAUAAAAGAUAGAUAGGAUCGAUAGAUACAAAAUAAUUUUUAUCGCGAUCGUUGGUUAUUCAAGUGCAACGUCCAUUUGAAAUUACUUCAUUGAUUUACUUAUAUAUUUGUAUUAUUUUUUUUUUGUUUAAAGUACAAAGUCCCACUCCUUACUGCAUAAAUUGAUUUUCAAAUUCAAAUCCUCCCAACAACAAAAUUAUCAUUAUGUCGGAAUCUGAGUCAAAACCCAAAGUAAUAUUCGUUCUUGGGCCACCCGGCGCUGGCAAGGGAACCAUUUGUCAACGUUUAGUGAAUAAAUUCGGCUUUGGUCAUUAUUCCGCAGGGGAUUUGUUACGCGAUGAAAGUAUGCGUCCCGAUUCUAAGGUGGGGCCGCUCAUUAAAGAAUACAUGAAAGAUGGCAAAAUAGUUCCUGUAGAAAUUUCAUGUUCACUCAUUGAAAAUGCAAUGAAAACUUCCGGCAAAAAUAAAUUUCUCAUUGAUGGGUUCCCCCGAAAUCAAGACAACGUCGACGGUUGGAAUAGAACAAUGGCCGACAAAGUUAAUUUUCAAUUUAUAAUGUUUUUCGAUUGUUCUGAGGAAUUGUGCAUUCAACGUUGUUUGAAACGUGGCGAAUCGAGUGGUAGGUGCGAUGAUAAUAUGGAGACUUUAAAGAAACGUAUUGCUUCUCACAUUAAGGAUUCACUUCCAAUCAUUGAAAUUUAUAAGAAGAUGGGAAGUGUUAUUAAAAUCGAUGCUAGUACACAUUUGGAAGUCAUGUACAAAGAGGUGGAAAAAGUUGUUGAAAACUUGUAGAUUGGAUGGAUUUUUAAAGUCUUGUAUAAUAAGUAAGCUAAGUACCUAAACAUUUUAAGAUACAAACAAAUAUUGAUGUUAAUGUUUUUAUGUUAUUUAUGGAAUAAAGAUAUGGUUUGAAAAGUGGAACAAA